AUGAAGUCAUCUGAUCAUGACGAAGAGGGCUUAGUCGAUUUAUUUGCCGCGGGUGACGAAGUAGAACCCGAAUACACAAUUGAACAAAUGAUUAUCGAUCGCCAGGAGUUGAGUCGUGAAGGGGAGACAGCUUGUGGCUUCACUCCGCUUUUCGACCGCUUUGACAAUCCGACAAAGCGUGAGGAAGGUGUGGAGACGUCCCCCAAGUUGCCUUUGCGGCCGAUGCAAGUGUACUUCCGCAAUAAGCGACACAGCCUUUGGGGUCAUAAACUAUGGAACGCGGCACGUUAUUUUGUAAAGCGGAUAGACAGCGGUAUGAUCGAUGUGCGCGGGAAAACUGUGUUGGAACUGGGGGCGGGACUUGGUGUACCAUCUCUCGCAGCAUUCCGCAACGGCGCACGGUGCGUUGUAGUGACGGACUAUCCGGACGAGUCGCUGAUGGAGAUAUUGAGAAUGAAUACAGAAACGAAUUGUACGCUGGACCAAUUGGACCCAACUGCCGCAGAGUUUCUUAGGCAGGAAGCGGUUCGGUUGAAAUCUGCGUAUAUGUCUGUUCACAAAGGGCAGGAAACAGGGAAGGGUGAUGAUCGGGAAGGAAAAGGUGUUCCAUUGAAUUCGCGGUGUGUCGUUCAGCCUCUACUGUGGGGUAACACUGAUCAUAUUCGUGAAGCCCUCAAGCACACCAGUGGCACGGGCUUUGACGUGCUAUUACUCUCCGACAUUCUCUUUAACCAUGUUUGUAACGAUGACCUCGCGGGUACUGUUGUUCAGUUACUUCAACGUAGUCCAAAAGCGGCGGCGUACUGUGCCUUCUCCCACCACCGCGCGCACAAACAGGUGGAAGACUUGAUGUUCUUUGAUAUAUGUGCAUCACGCGGCCUUUUGUGCGAGCAGAUUGAUGAGGAGGAUUACCCUCUCAUGUUCCCCGACGACCGUGGCCCGGAGGAGAUACGGCGGCCGGUGAAGGUGUAUAAGUUGUCACAUCGGUUUGAUGCGGCAGGUGUGCCGCUGGAGCCGGGGCAGGAAACGUAUGAUGUGGUAGUGCAGGGCACGGGCAUGGUGGAGUGCUUUCUUGCCGCUGCACUUGCACGCAGUGGGGUGCGUGUGUUACAAUGCGAUGCCCAAGGUGAAUAUGGCGGACCGUUCAAAACACUGACGGUUCAACAGUUGCGAAAAUAUAUUCUACAAUCGCCCAACGACUCAGGUGAUGAAUCAAGCCCAUCUGAUGUCUACGCAGGUGGGAGCCAGCAGGUUAGUAGCAGGGGAAGUGAUAAAGAUCCGAGUGGUGUUGGGAACAAUAACGGCAAUGGGGACGAAAACACCUCGAUCAUAUCGGUGGAUUUGAUGGAUACACUCGAUGUCCGAACGCAGCAUCGCUUUCUGCUUGACCUCCUCCCUGUACACUACUUCUCUAAGGGUGAUACCGUUCGAAAGUUUGUGGAGUCGGACAUGGCGCGGCAUGCUGAAUUUCAAUGUUGCAGUAGUUUUGCCUUUUUGUUUCGGUGUGGUGAGACUGACGAAAGCUGUGCAUUCCGACUGCAAAGCGUUCCGCUGACGCGGGCACAAGUAUUCUCUGCUGAUCAUAUUGGGCUGAUGCAAAAGCGUCGUUUAAUGAAAUUUGUGAAGGAUGUGGCUGCCCCACUCGCCGAACACCUGCAUGCCCGGACAGCUGCUCUGGGUGAGGAAGAGCCCGGGCACACCGACGUGCAAGAGGUAGGAGAGCUUUUCCAGCAAGAGGUUUCCCAACAUCCCAACGAAACACUUAGCGAGUUGCUGCGCCGGAAGUACGCUGUUGAUGAGACGACAUUAAAUAUUGUGACGCUUCUGGGGCAGUUGGAGACCUCAUCUGAACCCUGUAUGCUGCGCGCUGUAGACCUGGUGCGCCAAGUAUUAACAUCUAUUGGGGCUUACGGGGGUUCAACACCUUUUCUUGUGCCUUUGUAUGGCGCCUCAGAGGUACCACAAAACAUGUGUCGUAUCGCGGCCGUGUGGAAUGCUGUGUUCGUGUUACGUCGGAGUGUAAGCCGUGUCUUGAAGGGUCUUGAUACACCGACGGUGGAAAUGAGCAACCGACAACAUGUGAAGGCUAAAGUUGUGGUCGUACCCCGUGCGUUGGCCUCCAAGUUCGCUUCGGUGUCUGGCGCAAAUGAUGCUAAUGAUGAGAAUAUAACACGUUUCUCUCGGGUUGUCAUCGUAGCUAAGAAACCGCUGGUGACGUGGAAAGCGCUAUCUUCCUCCGGGUGCUGUGAAGAAGAGGUAACCACAGCAACUGAAAGUUUGGAGGGAACGGCCAAGACAUCUAGCGUAGAGGGGAUCCCGCCGUUGGUGUUCGCGCUGUGCCAGGCUCAACCCGGUGUGGUCGUCCAUGUUCAACAGCAAAGCGCAUCGUCCGAACAGGCGCCCAAAGAAGGCAAUGCCGUUGUCGUGCAUUUCACUGUAAACAACUGCCAAAUGAGCGCCAAGCAACUGCACAGAUUCGUCGAGGAGUCCUUCAUAGCAUCUGCUGCUUCAGCUGGUGAAGACUGUGUUGUGCUGGAUAAAGAUGCAAUACUCUUUUUCGCUUCCUUCGUACUGGAUGAACGAGAGGAAGCACUCCGUGGGGUUGCCCAUGGCGCCUGGGAUUUCCUGGCUAGUGAAACGGAGAAAGCCCAUCCCUUUGCUGUGGAGGAGUAUCGCAAACGCCAGAAAAAAAGCAAAUGCGAUUUAGUCGAAUUCGAUGAUGACGGCGUGCUAAUUGUUCCAGUGCCCACGCUCCUACAGAAUCUUAUGGACGAUGGAGCCUACCUGAAGGAAGCGCAGCAGGCGUAUGAGACCGUGGUGGCACGACUUCAGAUGCAGAUGAAGGAGGAGGAGGGGGGUGACAAAACCAAACAAUACGUGUUUCUCGAGCCCCUACCACCCGUUUCCUCAGUAAGUUCCUGA